UAGUAAUAUUUGCAACGAAAAACAUGUUGUUUCUUUGGCUUCCCACCAUGCGUCCCAUGAAAGAUAUAUCAGUUUUGUCCCUCCGGGCUGACCGUAGUUGUAUGUGGCGACUAGAGUUUGAGCUUGCUGUCAAGUACGUGGUGCACUGUGGUGCUUUACCCGUUAAAAUAAACCAUGUAGUUACCACAGACUCUACUCAAACAUUCGGUUAUCGGGUCGGAAGUCACCAUUUAACGUGAGUGUCUUGCUCAUUUGAACUGUCACUUGUGGUGACCGGUCGCUUGUACUGCUGUCCUGCCUGCAAAACACGUGCAAAGAAGAAAGGGCUGUGCCAUUUGACUCCUCCAUGGGUUUCCUGAAUGCAAGUCAGCUUGCUUUAAGAGCUGCCAGGUUCUACCUGAGUCCCUUUUCAGCAUCAAAAUCAUGGAUUUCCACCAGAACCAUGCCUCUGGGGGGCAAGAACAUCUUGCUCAUGGGUCCUCCUGGAGCAGGGAAGACCACAGUGGGGAGGAUCGUGGCCCACAGACUGGGAAUGCCUGUCAUUGAUGUUGAUGACGAUGUCUUGGAGACGUCCUGGAAGAUGCCCGUGGCUGCCAAGCUGGAAUCAGUCGGCGGGGAGCGCUUCCUUGAGGAGGAAGGCCAGGCGCUGUGUAACUUCUCUGCCUCUGGCUGUGUUAUUUCCCUGACAGGCUCUAACCCUCUUCAUGCUGAGGCGAUGCAUCACGUCAGACAGACCGGGCUGGUCUUCUACCUGGACGUGGAUGGUGAAGAUAUCAUACAGAGGCUCACCAGGAUGAAGGUGAACAGGAUAGUGGGCCAGGAGGCAGGGGUAUCCAUGAGGGACAUUCUGCAUUACAGGAGGCAGUUUUAUGAGAAAUGGCUUGAUAUGCGCGUGCUGUGCGGAGCAGGAGACACGGUGGAGGAAGUAGCAGAGAAGGUGUUGAAGGCUAUUGAGAGAUAUCAAAAGCAUGCUGCUGAAACCUAUGUGUCAACCAGGUGUGACAACGCAGGAUCAUCGAGUCAGAAAACAUACUUCAGUGAUGUGGUUGUAGAGGGCCUUGCCACAGAUGGAGGCCUCUAUGUCCCCAAAAAUGGCUUCCCAAAGAUUGAUGCUCGCGAGUGGCUGAGGUUAGCUGACAUGUCGUACCCGGAACGAGCGUUAGUUUUACUUGAAAAGUGCAUACACCCGUUGGAUGUUUGUGCUUUGGAUCUCAGAACAAUGGUGUUUAAGGCGUAUGGGUUGAACUUUUCUAGUGAGGCAGUGGCACCCGUAAAACAUCUCAACCACAAUCAGUAUGUUCUGGAGCUUUUUCAUGGCCCCACCGCCUCAUUUAAAGACCUCGCCUUGCAGUUGAUGCCCCAGCUCUUCACCUACUGCCUCCCACCGAUGUGCAACUUCCUCAUCCUGGUAGCCACGUCUGGAGACACUGGAAGCGCAGUGCUCAGUGGCUUCAGUAGGCUCAGCCGGACAGACAGACACAGGACCGGCGUGCUGGUGUUCUUCCCGGAGGAAGGGGUGAGUGAGAUUCAGAAGCUCCAGAUGACGAGCUACAGGGAGGGCAACGCCAGGGCUGUCAGUGUCCUGUCAGACUUUGACUUCUGUCAGAGAAGCAUCAAGAGGAUGUUUCGAGAGUCCGGGCUGACGGGGCACCUCGCUGUUGAGUACGGCACAGUCCUCAGCACGGCCAACUCAAUCAACUGGGCACGUCUGUUGCCACAGGUGGUUUACCAUUCCUCAGCCUAUCUGGACUUGUGCAGAGACGGCGUUAUCAAGUUUGGGGAGCCCAUUGACGUUUGCAUCCCCACUGGUAACUUUGGGAACGCCAUGUCGGCUGUGUACGCCAAGCAAAUGGGCGUCCCGAUAAGAAAAGUCAUCUGUGCAUCCAACCACAACCACAUCAUCACAGACUUUAUCACCACAGGCGAGUAUGAUCUCCGGGGACGGCCACUGAUGCCCUCCCACUCCCCGGCUAUAGAUAUCCUGAAAUCCUCCAACCUCGAGAGGUUUAUCUACCACGUCUCGGACAGAGACAGCCGUCUUGUCAAGGAGCUGUUCACACGCUUAGACAGACAGCAGCACUUUCAGGUUCCUGAACCUCUUCUUGGCAGGAUACAGCAGGAAGUGCUGGCUGGCUGGUGCUCUGAAGACGACUGCUUGGCCGCCAUCCAGAGCGUUCACGCACAGACCGGCUACGUCAUGGACACACACACCGCCGUGGCUAAAGUCGUGGCUGAUAGGCUGCAGGACGGAUCGUGCCCUGUGGUGCUUUGUUCCACUGCUCACUAUGGGAAAUUUGCUCCUGCUAUGUUCAAAGCUUUGCAAAUCCAAAAUAUUCCAGAGGAUGCUGUUGAGCAGCUGAAGAAGCUCGGAUCGACUUCAUCCGGACCAGAAAUGCACAGAGACAUGAUGAAAUGCCUGAAGGAGAGUGGCAAGAGGGGACACACUGCUUGUCGGGCAGAGUACAGUGUGCUGGUAGAAGAGGUGGAGAGCAUGAUACAGGACUCCUUUUUGAAAGUUAUGUAGAAUUAUUUUAGCUUUUGCUAAUUUCCACCUUAAAUUAGCAUGAAUUAAAUCAGAAUGGACGAUCAUUUGCAAACGAUAUAUAAAUAACGUGUCCUGAAUGUGUCGUGUAACUUUUUUAAGUAAGUGUAACAAAUAAGACAAAAACAACAUUGCAACAUUUGCUGAACACUGUAAAAUUGGCAAGAAAUUCAAACAGAAAAAGAAUAAAUAAAAUGAAAAUACAUUUUAAAAAAUACCGGAUAUGAGCAGGCCUGGUCAUAACAUUGAUUUUAAAGGCAUAGUUUACUGCCUGAGCCUGCAGGAUCGAGGAAACACUCACUUUUAUUAUACUGUAACAUAGCUCUAAACUGUUUUUCCAGCUUUAACUUAAAGCCUGUUGACUGUGCAGCAUUUCUUCACAUCAUUAUCUGGAGCCCUGGCCCACUAGAGGGGGAUGUCUACUUAGCCACUGCUGUGUGGGAACACUGGUGCCAGCAUUUCAGUGACAGAAUGUGUGUGUGUUGCUUAAAGGGGAAAUCCAUUCCUGAAGUUCAAGUGAACUAGUAAAGUGUGAUUUAAAGUCAGUAUCUGUCGUCAGGGAGAUAAUUGUGUUCUUUGCUCGCCAAGUCAAUUGUAUAUUAAGCAUUGAACUAUGACGAUCUAUAUUUCAGUUUAUCUCCUCAGUAUCUUUCCAACUCCAGUGGGUCCUUGAUCGAGACACAUAUUUUUACUGU